AUGGCUGAUGAAAAGACCAAGGAAGGAGUCAAGACUGAGAACAAUGACCAUAUUAAUUGGAAGGUAGAGGGACAGGAUGGUUCUGUGGUACAGUUUAAGAUUAAGAGGCAUACACCACUUAGUAAACUAAUGAAAACCUAUUGUGAAAGGAGUUUAUCAAUGAGGCAAAUCAGAUUCCUAUUUGAUAGACAUCCAAUCAAUGAAACAGACAUACCUACACAGUUAGAAAUGGAGGCUGAAGAUACAAUUGGUGUGUUCCAGCAGCAGACUGGAGGUGUCUACUAA